AUGACAGAAUUAGUUGAAAACAAUUCUUCAAAACGAGGAAGAAAAUUUUUAUUUUUUUUAUCAUUUAUAUUAUCUCAAAAAGACUAUUCCAAUGUCAAAAAAAUAUUGACACCAUUUAUAAAUAAAUUUGGUCUUGAACUGCCAAGUAAUGAAGAAUUUAAAUCUACUUGCAAUUCUCAAACUCAUAAACAUGAGACAGCUUUUGGUGCUAUAAGUUGCCGUCAUGAUGAAUGUUUACCCAAAACUUCUCGAACGGGAAUUACCAAUUUUGUUAAGGUAUACGCUAUAAUAAACCUCGUUGAAGUUAUAACGCAACUUCCAACAUUAUCCAAGAAUAAAAAAAGCCUGUUUAAAACAUCGUCAUUUCGUUUUGCACUUUCAAUUUCAUCUUUUGCUAUAGUAUACCAAACCUUAUUACGAUUCUUUACACGUGCAUUUGAUCCUUUACUUGGUCCCCGCUCCAGAAUGAAUAUAAUUGGUUCACCCUUGGUACCUCCAUUUUUGGCUGGUCUGUUUGCAGGACCAACUUUACUCAUUGAUAAUAUUGAAUCGAGACGUAUAACUAUUUCCACUUAUGCGUUAUGCAAAAGUUUGCAAUUUAUCUAUAGUGCUUUAAGAGAUAAUCGAAUUAUCCCUAGAAUGCCUUGGUGGUGGGGUGCUUGGUUAUUAUUUCCAAUUAGUUCUUCCCAAACGAUUUAUUGUUAUUUAAUUCAUCCCGAUAUUUUCCCAAGUAGUUAUGGUCAGUUUAUCACAAGUCGAAGUUCUAUUUACGUACAACGGCGCCCAAGUUAUUUUCCAGAUACCAUACCUUGGCCAAAAGGACGAGAAAUAGUUGAUCGAAUUGCUGUAUUGGCAUCACUUAAUUAUCCUGAAUUUUAUUCACCAAAACUUCAUGGUAGAGAUCCUGCACUUCCCAAAGUAUUAAAACCAAUACAACCAAUUCUUGAAAUUGCACAUCCAGCUCAUAAUAGAAUGAUGUGCGCCAUGUUACACCCAGAGGAUCCCAGUUGCUUUGUAACAUAUGUCAAAUUUAUAGCUAAAGAAGGAAUUGCAGCACUUAAAUUUAUGGUAAUUGGUCAUGCCAUUUCUUUAGCUGCUAAAUGGAAAUCUGUUCUUUCAAGACCGAAGGAAGCGAAUUAUGUAAUACCGGAGAUAUUUAAAGGUGCCACAUUCAUUACUAUGUCAAUUGCUACAGCUUGGGCAUUAAUUUGUGGAUUUCAAAAUUUAUUUCCAAAUAAAUUUAUGCCUAUAUCAAGAAUCUACUUAAAUGGAUUUAUUGCUGGAUUAUGGAUUUUGUUACUACACCCAGUUCGACGUAUGGAGAUCGGAAUGUAUAGUUUUCGAUUAUUACUUGAAACAUACUGGAAAUUAUUGGUUAAAAAGGGAAAAGUCAAGAGCAUUAAAACCCAACCAAAGAGUAUAUCUACACCUUACGUAAGGGACGCCAUUGAGAAAUUACUGGGUGAUUCAUAA